AUGUUCAGUGAGCGAAUAUUAAGAGAAUCGGAAAACGUUUCGAGCGUGCGAAAUUCUUCAAAAUCGUUAGGAUCAAGAAAAAAAGGAGUAUUAGGAUGUAAAACAAAUGCUUUGGGAGAUGUGAGAAACACAUUACAUUCUCGUUCAGUAGUAGGUAAUUUGUCAGCCAAAGAAAUAAAUACAAAAUCUAAUAGUUUCGUUAAAAAGGAAAAUAAUGAAAACGUAUCAUAUUCGUGUAAAAAAGAAAACAAAGUUAAAUCAAGUUCAAUAUGUAAAAACAACAAGUUAAAAUACGAUUUACCAGAUAUUCAUAACCACAACAUGUGUGAGCAAGCUGAUGAGGCUUGUGUUAAUAAUUUUUUCAUUGAUGGAAAACUUAAUGAAGAAACAAUCAAUCAUAUAGUUAAAUUAAUCAAACCUGCUAAAAUUAGUUUACCGUUAAAAACCAUUACGUGCGAACCAUCACUCGAACCUAACAUGGCACUUUGA